GGCAGCUAUCCUGAUCCAGCGCUGGUACAGACGCUACAUGGCCAGGUUAGAGAUGAGACAGAGAUACACCUGGAACAUCUUCCAGUCUAUAGAGUAUGCUGGGGAGCAGAACCAGCUACAGCUCUCCAGUUUCUUCAGUUUCAUGCUGGACAACGUCACUCAACUCAAUGGGAAUGGCCCAGAUCUGAUCUCCCACCUGCUGGACCCAGUGGUUGACCCGUGGUCAGACAGAGAGAGACAGACCAUGUAUGAACAGAUCACUGUUCCUGAGUCCUACAGCGGUCCUCACCUCACCUUCCCCCUCACUGUCUCUCACACCAACGCCCUGCUCUCUGCAUUCAAAGAACAACAGCCUCUCCAUGGUAGAUACAUGCUGCAGUUGUUACACCAGACUAAGAAGCUCCUGAAACAGAUGCCAAACAUCAUUCACCUGUCCACACCCUACGCCAAGGAGAUCACAAUAUGUGGAGAUUUACAUGGCCGACUAGAUGACUUGCUGCUCAUAUUCUACAAGAACGGCCUCCCCUCGGCAGAGACGCCGUACGUGUUCAACGGAGACUUUGUGGACCGAGGGAAGAAGUCUGUGGAGAUCAUCAUCCUGCUGUUUGCCUACCUGCUCCUCUACCCUGACCACAUGACCCUGAACAGAGGCAACCACGAGGACCACAUCAUGAACCUCCGAUAUGGAUUCACUAAAGAAGUUAUGCAGAAGUACAAGACACAUGGCAGGGACAUCCUACUGCUGGUCCAGGAUGUGUUCAGCCUCCUCCCCAUAGCAACAGUCAUCGAUAACAAAGUGCUCAUCGUCCAUGGAGGAAUAUCAGACAUGACAGACCUGGAUUUCCUCAGCUCUAUAGAGAGACACAAGGUGAAAUCUGCCCUGAGGCUUCCUAGGAGGAGUCUGAACCAUCUGGAGGUGACUAGGAGCAGUAGACAGGGCCAGCCAGAGAGCCCCCGGUAUAGGAGCAGGGGCCAGGCAGAGAGCCCCCGGUGUAGAAGCAGGUGUCAGGACCAUGGCCAGGCAGAGAGCCCCCGGUGUAGAAGCAGGUGUCAGGACCAUGGCCAGGCAGAGAGCCCCCGGUGUAGAAGCAGGGGCCAGGACCAUGGCCAGGCAGAGAGCCCCCGGUGUAGAAGCAGGGGCCAGGACCAUGGCCAGCCAGAGAGCCCCCGGUGUAGGGGCCAGCCAGAGAGCCCCCGGUGUAGGAGCAGGGGUCAGGACCAUGGCAACAUCCCCAAGAAGAGACGUCACCUCACCAGACAGGGCAGCUCUUCCUCCUCAUCCUCGCUGUGCUCCCCCCGGGGGUCGUCCCGCCUCACUCUGCGCCGCUGCCUUUCUCCCAGCAUGCUCAGUCCCACCGACAACCUCCAGGUGCCUUUCCUGGACUCCUUCACUGCCCUCCCCGUCUGUCAGCCGCCCAGGGAGGAGUUGGAGUGGAAACAGGUAGUAGAUUUGCUGUGGAGCGACCCGAAGAGCCAGCCAGGCUGCAGUCCCAACACCUUCAGGGGAGGAGGCAGUUACUUCGGGCCAGACGUGACCAGACGCCUGCUGGAGAGACACGGCAUGACUCUGCUGAUCAGAUCACAUGAGUGUAAACAGGAGGGCUACGAACUCUGCCACGACGGACAGGUGAUCACCAUUUUCUCUGCGUCUAACUACUAUGAGGAGGGUAGUAACCGUGGAGCCUACAUUAAGCUGGGCAGAGAGCUGGUCCCUCGCUUCUUCCAGUACCAGGUCAGCAGGAACACCAGGAAACUCACCCUGACUCAGAGGGUGAAUGUGGCAGAGGGUUCGGCUGUAAGGGCUGUACAGGAGAAGCUGUUUGCUCACCGCUCAGAACUCAUGGCUGCCUUUCAGCAGUAUGACACAAGUAACAGUGGCUGUAUCUCUGUCAGUGAGUGGGCCCUGGUGGUGGAGUCAGUCCUGAGACUGGACCUGCCCUGGAGGACUCUGCGCCCGCGCCUGGCACAGCUGGCACCAGAUGGCAGAAUCAACUACCAGUCCUGCUUCGAGGACAUGGGCCCGGGACAACCCAUAGCCCAGGUCACUCCAAACUUGGCUGAAACUCUUUACAGAUAUCGAACAGACCUUGAGAUUAUCUUCAACAUCAUGGACAAAGACCACUCUGGUCAGAUUUCCAUCGAGGAGUUCCGUCAGACCUGGCGUCUGUUUAGUGCUCACCUAGGUGUGGAGGUGGAUGACCGGGCCAUAGAUGAACUGGCUAAGAGUAUAGACUUCAACAAGGAUGGCAGCAUCGACUUCAACGAGUUCCUAGAGGCCUUCAGGGUGGUGCACAAACUGGAUGUCAAGGACCAAACAGCAGGGCUGGGAGAAACCUUGUUGUAGACCUGAAGACUCACAUUAGCUACC